UGGAAAUGAUAUUGACCUGCAGGUACCUCAUGAAGUUAUUAAUUUGAACGCGUGGUGGCAGUGCAGGCUAAGAGAGUAAAUCCAAGUUCUGCAGAUUCCGCGGACGCCAUUUCACCAAGAAACCCAAGAAAAAUACAGAACACAUUUAAGCUAAAGCCAAGAUAAAGGUGUUCAGGAAGGCAGUCAUCGCUAAAGUGAAAAAAAAAGCAAAACGAAUUCGAAGCAAAGACAUUCCGGAGGGUCGACGGUGGACGUGGUGAUUGGGAGUCCAAAAGGAUUUUUCUUCUGGAAUCACACAUAACAACAGAGAUGGCUCAAACAAAAGCCCAUCGCAAGAAAAGGCAAGUGGAGACCUUCAUUGUAUUGAUGCUUUUGUGGGAGACGGGUUCAGAAUCCAUUCACUAUUCUGUGUUGGAGGAGACAGGAAGUGGCACAUUUGUUGCCAACUUGACAAAGGACCUGGGACUCAGGAUGGGAGAGCUGGCUGCGCGGGGAGCCCGGAUUGUUUUCAAAGGGAACAGACAGCAUUUGCAGCUUGACCCACAGACCUAUGAUUUGCUGCUAAAUGAGAAACUGGACCGGGAGGAGCUGUGCGGCUCCACUGAGCCGUGUGUGCUAGCUUUCCAAGUGUUACUGGAAAAUCCCUUGCAGUUUUUCCAGGCUGCCUUGCGAGUCAGAGAUAUAAAUGACCACGCCCCGGAGUUCCCAGCCAGAGAAAUGCUACUGAAAAUAUCAGAAAUUACUACACCAGGAAAGAUAUUUCCUUUGAAAAUGGCACAGGAUUUAGACGCGGGUAGCAACAGCCUUCAGAGCUACGUAAUCAGCUCCAAUUCUCACUUCCACGUUCUCACUCGCAGUCGCAGCGACGGCCGGAAGUUUCCGGAGCUGGUGCUGGACAAAGCGCUGGACCGCGAGGAGCAGCCAGAGCUCAGGCUAACUCUCACCGCACUGGAUGGCGGGUCUCCGCCCCGGUCAGGGACCACGGAGAUUCAGAUCCAGGUCUUGGAUAGCAACGACAAUGCCCCCGAGUUUGCUCAGGAGCUCUAUGAGGCGCAAGUCCCUGAAAACGACUCCCUCGGCUCUCUAGUUAUCACAGUCUCAGCGAGAGAUUUAGAUUCAGGAACCUUUGGGGAGAUAUCUUAUGCCCUAUUUCAAGUCGAUGACGUUAACCAACCCUUUGAAAUAAACCCAAACACAGGAGAAAUUCGACUGAAAAAAACAUUGGAUUUUGAGGAAUUUCAGUCUUAUCACGUAGAUGUUGAGGCUACAGAUGGCGGGGGACUAUCAGGAAAAUGCUCGAUAGUUAUCAAGAUCCUGGACGUGAAUGACAACGCUCCUCAAUUGACAAUGUCAUCACUCAUCAGCCCCAUCCCUGAAAACCUGCCAGAGAUGAUAGUGGCAGUUUUCAGUGUAUCAGACGCAGAUUCUGGAAAUAACCAACAGGUUAUUUGUUCUAUAGAUGACAAUCUCCCAUUUCUUCUAAGACCGUCAGUAGAGAAUUUCUACACCUUAGUAACAGAAGGACCACUGGACAGAGAGAGCAGGGCCGAGUACAACAUCACCAUCACCGUCACCGACUUGGGGACCCCCAGGCUGAAAACCCAGCACAACAUAACCGUGCUGGUCUCCGACGUCAACGACAACGCCCCGGCCUUCACCCAAACCUCCUACACUCUGUUCGUCCGCGAGAACAACAGCCCCGCCCUGCACAUAGGCAGCGUCAGCGCCACCGACAGAGACGCGGGCGCCAACGCCCAGGUCACCUACUCGCUGCUGCCGCCACAGGACCCGCACCUGCCCCUGGCCUCCCUGGUGUCCAUCAACGCCGACAACGGGCAGCUGUUCGCCCUGAGGGCGCUGGAUUACGAGGCCCUGCAGGCCUUGGAGUUCCGCGUGGGCGCCACGGACCGCGGCUCCCCUGCGCUGAGCAGCCAGGCGCUGGUGCGCGUGCUGGUGCUGGACGCCAACGACAACUCGCCCUUCGUGCUGUACCCGCUGCAGAACGGCUCUGCGCCCUGCACCGAGCUGGUGCCCAGGGCGGCCGAGCCGGGCUACCUGGUGAGCAAGGUGGUGGCGGUGGACGGAGACUCGGGCCAGAACGCCUGGCUGUCGUACCAGCUGCUCAAGGCCACGGAGCCCGGGCUGUUCGGCGUGUGGGCGCACAACGGCGAGGUGCGCACGGCGCGGCUGCUGAGCGAGCGCGACGCGGCCAAGCACAGGCUGGUGGUGCUGGUCAAGGACAACGGCGAGCCGCCGCUGUCGGCCAGCGUCACGCUGCACGUGCUGCUGGUGGACGGCUUCUCGCAGCCCUACCUGCCGCUCCCGGAAGCGGCGGCCGACCCGGCCCAGGCCGACCCGCUCACGGUCUACCUGGUCAUCGCGUUGGCGUCGGUGUCGUCGCUCUUCCUGUUCUCGGUGCUGGCGUUCGUCGCGGCGCGGCUGUGCAGGAGGGGCAGCGCCUCGCUGGGUGGCUGCUCGGUGCCCGAGGGCCACUUUCCGGGCCACCUGGUGGACGUCAGCGGUACUGGGACCCUGUCCCAGAGUUACCAGUAUGAGGUUUGUCUGAUGGGAGGCUCUGGGACCAACGAGUUCAAGUUCCUGAAGCCGAUUCUCCCGAACUUCCCGCCCCAGGUCAUUGGGAGAGAAAUGGAAGAAAACCCCACCUUGCGGAAUAGCUUCCCAUUCAGUUAAGUAUUGGAUUAUUCUAUAAUACUAAACCCUACUUAGUAAAUUUGGAAAUCUCUUUUAACUUAAAGUUACAUGUUAUUGAUGGUCCCUUUCUUGAUUAUUUUACUACUGUUACUUGGGAUGAAAUUAACAUAAAUUCAGACAAUGCAUUUACAUAGUGUUUUCCUAUAUUAUGAUUAGUAGUCUUUAAAUUAUUCAUUCAACUAUAUUUGGCAAUCUGAAUAAAA